UGUACUUCUUGUCUUUUUGGUUAAUUGCCGUUUUUUUCCAGCGGCGGGCAGAAAGCGGGCAAGGAGAGGAGCAGAAUAUAGCAACCCUCCGAAUCCCGCAGGCCUGAGGGGCGAGAGCCGUGUGGGGUUUUCCCCAAAACAAGCCCAGAAAUGCUCCCCAGGCAAAGCGGAGCUGGCGGGAGACGGAAAUUCCAUCAGCAUCCGCUGCGCUCAGUGCAUUCCGUCAGGCAGGCGAUCCCGGGGCGGCGGGGCCGCUCCUUGGGCAGAGCCCUCCUUGGGCAGAGCCCUCCUUGGGCAGAGCCCUCCUUGGGCAGAGCCCUCCUUGGGCAGAGCCCUCCUUGGGCAGAGCCCUCCUUGGGCAGAGCCCUCCUUGUCCGGCCGCCUUUGUGCCGGCGGGUCCCUUCUGAGGGCCUGAAACAGCUCGGGAUCACUUUUCAGGAGAGAUCCCCGCGGACCUUCCCUUUGAAAUGAAUGAAAUAGCCCCACUGUCUUCUCUUAUCUAAAUCCACGGGUAUCAUUUCUGUGAGACAAUGCAGGGCUUGGCUGUUCGGGCUGUUUUCCUGUGCUUUUGAGGCCAGUGGAAAGUUUCCACCGUGCCUAUAGCUGUGGUCCUGCAUCCCUCCUCAGUCCUGCCCGAGGAUUUGGGAUUGCCUCUUCCUGUCGCCGGGGUUAAUCUGGAUGCGUCGCUGCCACUGGCAACCUGACCUCUGAGUUUUUUGGGCUUGUUGGAAAAUGAGAGCCCGAGGAAGGAGCUCCGUGCUGAUGGCCGUGGGUGCGGGCAAAUCGCCUUCUGAGGAGUCCCUGAGCGGGCAGGCCGAGGGCGAUGGGCGGUGGGACGGCGCGGACACGGAGAUGGAGUUCCCGGAGCCGGCAGGGGGCCCGCACCGCCUUCUGGGGACAGAGGGGGCCAAGCCCGGCCUGCAAGGGGCAGAGGGUGUGCCAGUGAGCAGGCACGGUCACAAGGCCAGCGAUGUCACCCACGGAGGCUCCAGCUGCCGCCCAGACGUGUCUUCAGCAUCUGCACCCGGAUUUCCCAGAGCGAGAGCAAACUCCUCAGGGAAAGGGGUGUUGGUGGAUAGAGCUGCUGAUGGUGGCCCUGUGCCUUGUCGAGUUGGCCACUGGUUCCUCUCCUCAGAAGAUCAGCAGGUGAAGGAUUCAGGCGGCUGGGGCCCGGUGUCCAGCCCCGCCAGCUCUGCCGAGGAGAGCAUCCCUGCUGGCAGCCGCCGUGAUGCCCACGUUGGCCGUCGGAGGCAAAGUCUGGGAGCUCCGUCCCCGUGUCCCUCCACGGCGGAGCUCCUGCGGCCCCAAACCCCGCCCAGCCCCGAGAGCGCCCUGCGGAGCCGCUCCGUGCUGAGCCUCUCUGCCCUGUCCUCAGAGGGGAGCGGCCCGUCCGAGGAGCCGUGCGGCAGCGCGCCAGCCAGCACGGCUGUCCCCUCUGCGGCCAGCACGGCUGUCCCCUCUGCGGCCAGCACGGAUGUCCCCUCUGCGGCCAGCACGGAUGUCCCCUCUGCGGCCAGCACGGAUGUCCCCUCUGCGGCCAGCACGGCUGCCCGGGACCUGCGCUGCCCAUGGCGGGUGGAAGGCCGGGCCCUGCAGAGGCGGGAGCCCCCCGGCGCUCUGCUCGAUUACCGCGGCUCCGUGGGGCGCGUCCGGGAGAUCUCCUCCUACCAAGCCGAUUACUGGGCCUGUGCCAUUCCGGAUUCACUGCCCCCAUCUCCGGACCGCAGCUCACCCCACUGGAACCCCCACAAGGAGUACGAGGACUUGCUGGACUAUGCUUACCCACUGAAGCCGAGGUACAAGCUGGGAAGGAUACCGGAGCCUUUCUUCCAUGACUCGGGAAUAGGUCUGGACAGCUUUUCGACUUCUCCUGAGGGCGUGUCCAGGUCCGCCAGCAUCUACGGCCGAGCUGGGCAGGCUCAGGGAAGCAGAGAAAACGGACUUUGGGAGUUUGUGGCCUCUGCAGAGAGAUUCUCCACCCCGAGGCCUGGAAAAAGAGCCUGCUCAGGAGCUGUCUCAUGUUUUGAGCCUUCACCUAUUGCCAAAGCAUCAUUUGGAAGGAGUUCUUCCUCUCACCUUUCCAGAGGUUUUGCUAAGGAUGUAAGGGUGGAAUCAUCUGGGCCAAGCUCCCCUGGGCGCCCUGCUGCCGAUGGGAGAAGCUGGGAUACCAGAGGAAGCCCAAACCACACAGGGCAGGUGAAAAGCACCAGGAGGUUUUUACCCACCACAGGAGUGCUCCCCCUGAGGAAGGAGUGGGAGACUGAUGAAGAAUUUCUUUCCCUGCCUCCAAGACUGAAGGAGCUGGAAAGGCUGGCUCAGUUUUUGUCCAAUCUUUCCUUAACUAUAAGGAUUCCUGGGCAUGACCACCACAACCUUCCACAUCAGAGCACCAGCAAGGAGCCCCUUUCGUCUAGGCUGGCUCCUUUUGAGGAAGGGAGAGGUGGGGAUGACAGAGGGAAUGCCGAGGGUUACACUGGGCUGUGGCGGCACCGCAGCUCCCGAAAGCCCAGCUGGGAAAACACAGAAUCGUGUGGCUGGAGCCACAGGGAUCCUCCCUGCGGGCUUCAUCUGCCAGCUGCUCUCAGGGACACACAGGAUGGGAUGUGCCUGGAUGAACCGCGGGUCAAGGGGCAUCCAAAGAAGAGCCAGCAGAGCGAGUCCCUUAUCCAGUGUGUUAAGAUGUUUUGCUGCCAGCUGGAAGAGCUGAUCCACUGGCUGUACACGGUGGUGGAUGUCACUGGCAGCUGGGUGCCACCCUCGCCGGAUGCCGACAGCGUGUUGGCAUCGCUGCACCGCUACCUGGAGUUCAGGAAGGAUGUGGCCAACCACCGGAGCCUGACUGAGAGCGUGCUGGAGAGGGGAGAGGCUCUCCUGGACUGCAUGGCAUCGAAUUCCCCAGCUCUGAAGGACACGCUGGCUCUGAUUGCCCAACAGUCGGAGGAGCUGGAGAGCCACGCAGAGCACCUGUACGAGUCCCUGCUGGCUGCUGUGGGCCCCGUGCGGGGCAGGGAGGCGGGGCAGGACACGGGGCGGGCAGCACACGGCUGCUCCCUGGGUGCUGCCUCUGUCAGACCUAGGCUGCGUUAGCCCAUCUCAGGAGGGCUGAGAAGAAUUGCAGCAAGCACCAAACCACCUCCAUCACCUCUCCAGAGGUGCCAAAAUCUGUGUCCAGUUGCCCACGGGGCUGAUUGCAGCCUGGGUUUGUGCCAUGGCUUGAGAAAGGUGCUCCAUACAGCAGGUGUGCUGGGAUGUCCAGAGUUGUGUAAGGAAUGUACAGCUGGCCUUUUCUGGUUUGUUUUUUUUUUUAAUAGCUUCCCUUUUUUAUUGAAGUGGGCUGUUCUGUGUUAGCAAAAUGUCAGGAAGUUUUUUAACUGAGCAAUCCAUAGUGUGCCGUGCGCUCGCUAAGUAAAGCCGUGUGAUUUUAAUAGCCCUGUUCUCAUGGUUUGUUUAUGCUCGUCAAAAAUAGGUGUGAGAAGCCAAGAAAUAGCAAACUCAAGGCCUGUUUAUAAUUACCACUCCCUGCUGAAGCAGAGCCUACUUAACUUGCAAUUUUGUUAUUCAUAAACACAAAAAGCUGUAAUAAUGAAUCCAAAUAAAAUAAUAAACAAGGGAGUUCAGGCA